ACCUCCAAGGUCCCCCAGCGGUUCACUCUCUGUCUCCCCCCCCAACGUAUUGUUUCCAUUCUCUCUCUCUCUCUCUCUCUCUCUCUCUCUCUCUCUCUGUGGGUUGCAUGUGGAGUGGAGUGGAGUGGAAUGGAACCAGCGAAGAUCGAUUGGAAGAGAAUAAGCUCCAUUCUAGUAGUGGACGAUCUUUACGAGAACAUCAAUGCUCCCAAGUUCGUAGAUUUCUCAGCUCCAGAUGAACCUGUGGACGACGAAGCUUGGUUCUGCAGACCUGAUUGCAAUCAUCCGAAGACAGUGGAAGAUUUCCUCAAGGCAACACCUCUUUCAAAGCUUCAGAGAUCAGCUACCGUUUCUGAGGCCCUUCCACAGCGUGAUCGAAACACAAGAGAUGCUUAUUUGAAGAGGAGAGGCUUAACUCAACCUUCAGAUUUGCCAAACAAGGACUCGAAUUGCGAUAGAUUCGUUGAAGAUGGAGAGAAUCAGCACCCUAAUUUAUGUUCUACUCCAAGUCACCACUACAACAUCAUGAAAGCAGAAAUCAAGUCGAGCACAGAGAGGAAACAGAUUGCUAAUCCAACCAAAAAGGAAGAGACGCCACGGUUGAGAAGUACGUUAUCAGCACGAAAUUUGUUUGGAGGGCGCGACUUGAUGAAUCAUAUAACUGAGUUUUGCAAUGAGUUGAAGAGAUUGGCCACAAGGGCAACGGAAAGAGAGAAUGUGGAGAAAUCAGAUGGGAAGAAGCUGGAGAGAAAGGAAUGUGACGACGGCAGUAAUUUGGGGGAAAUGGACGAGAAGGAGAGGAAGCCAUUGCUUGAGGUAGGCAAAGAGAACUGUGAGGAGGCACAGAAGAAUAAUCUCAAGGAGAAGCAGAGGAUGAAAAAGAGAGUUGAAGUAGAAAACAAUCCCAGCCCUUUGGAGUUGAAGAUUGGAAAGCGCAAAGAGGGGGAGAAUUUGUUGCAAAUUCGAACCAAUCCUCCCUCUCCUCAAUGUUUUUCAGCUAGCCGUGGACCUGACAAAGCUGCCCCUCUGAAAGCAUCUAGAUCUAAGCCUCAGGAGAGGGGAAUCCUUCAAAAACUGGAGCAGGGCAAUGCAGAGUUAAUGAAGGAGAAGACCGCAGAAACUAAAAGUACCGGUGGGAAAAGUGCUUCCAUUGUUGCUGAAAGAGAAGCAAGAACCUUGGAUGUUUUCUGGUUUCUAAAGCCUUGCACUCUUUCAAGCUAAAAUAGUUGUACUUGAGAUCAACCUCAUUCAUUACUUCACUUCUCAUUUUCACCCUUGAAACCUCAUUGUUAGUAUAUAUCAUCAUUCAUUCAUUCUUUUGUUGUUAAAUCAAAUCACUUAGCUUUUUGUUACUAUCCAAUUGUCUUUAGGAGAAAAACUACAGUUACGAAUCCAAUUCAUUGAGAUUUGUACAGGGAACCAAGUUCAUCAAUAAAGUUAUAACCUUUGCCUCCA